AUGCAAUGCAGAUGGUGGAUGAAUCUAGGGUUAGCUCAAGAAAUACCGGUGGCCCGGGACCAGGUCCUCAAAUGGUACACAUGGUCCAUGACUAUACUCGAGGGACCUUCCUUCUCCAGAUACAGGGUUGAGAUCACAAAGAUAAUCUCGAUUGCCUAUGUUGUGGAUGACAUAUUUGACCUUGUUGGCACCAUGGAGGAGCUCUCCCUCUUCACCGAGGCAAUCAAAAUGUGGGAUUUGGAAGCUGCUGAUUCACUCCCUUGUUUCAUGAGAUCAUGCUACAAAGCUCUUUACACAAUUACAAAUGAGAUGGCAGAUAUGGCUGAGAAAGAGCAUGGACUGAACCCUGUGGAUCAUCUCAGGAAAGCUUGGGCAGUGCUGUUUGAUGGGUUCAUGGUUGAGGCGAAAUGGCUAGCAACCGAUCAGGUCCCUUCCGCAGAUGAGUACCUGAGAAAUGGUGUCAUCACUUCAGGAGUGCCGCUCGCAUUUGUGCACAUACUCUUCCUUCUAGGGCAUCACCAUGCAGUGAGUGGUAAUGCUGCAGAGCUCACUGACAGCAUCCCUCCAGCCAUCACUAGCGCGUCCAAAAUCCUCAGACUUUGGGAUGACAUGGGUAGUGCCAAGGAUGAAGCACAGGAAGGAUUGGAUGGGUCAUACAGGGAGUUGUACCUGAUGGAGCACCCUGCUGCUACCGCCGGCGACGUGGAAGAACACAUGCACAGGCUGAUCGCGAAGGGGUGGCAGGAGCUCAAUCGGGAGUGCUUCUCGAGGAGGACCUUCUCGUCGUGCUUCGCGCAGGCCUGCCUGAACGCCGCCAGGAUGGUCAGCGUCAUGUACAUGUAUGACAAGGAGCAGAGGCUCCCGGUCCUUGAGGACUACAUGAGGAUGCUGCUGCUUUGA